UAAAAUGUUGGUCGGUAAUAUCCAACUAGCUGAUUGCCGGAUGGGGUGAUCUGGGACAAAAAUGUAUAGUUUAGAAGGGUUUUUGUAAUUUUUAUAGUCCAGGGGGUUUGUUGCAAAUUCACUCAUAGUUGAGGGUUUCUUUUUUCUUUUUUUUUUUCUUUUUUUUUCUUUUUUUUUUUUUUUUUUUUUUUUUGCAUUUUAUCCUUUAUUAAAUGAUCCUUAUUUAUUUAAUUUUUAUUUUGGUAAUUAACCUCAACUCAGUUUUUCGAGAGGUGGUUGAUUAGCAUAGAGAGAGAGAGGGAGUUCAUCAAUGGCAGGCACCGGAGGGAGCUCAUCUUCGAACCAGUCAGCUGCUCCCAAAAUCUUAUUGGCUAAGCCAGGACUCGUCACCGCCGGCAAAUUCAUCCGCGGCGGCCCUGCCGAUGACGAUUCUUCUGCUUCUUCUCUUCGCUCUCGUCUUCCCUCAAUCGGAUCUCUCAAUCUCCUCUCCGAUUCUUGGGAAUUCCACACCGAUCGCUUCCUCCCUUUUCUGACUGAUAAUACAGAAUUUACUGUGGUUGGAGUGAUUGGCCCGCCUGGAGUGGGCAAGUCCACGAUCAUGAACGAGCUUUAUGGCUUUGAUGGAACCUCACCUGGAAUGAUACCACCAUUUUCUAUACAGUCCGAAGAAACCAAAGCAAUGGCUAGGCACUGUACUGUUGGCAUUGAACCAAGGAUUUCUGCUGAUCGGAUUAUACUUCUCGAUACCCAGCCCAUAUUUAGUCCUUCUGUUUUAGCUGAGAUGAUUAGACCUGAUGGUUCAUCCACAAUCUCAAUUUUAAAUGGUGAAUCUUUAUCUGCUGAGUUGGCUCAUGAACUGAUGGGCAUUCAGCUUGGCGUUCUCCUAGCAUCUAUUUGUCACAUAAUAGUGGUGGUAUCUGAGGGAUUUCACGAUAUUAACAUGUGGCAUUUGAUGUCGACGGUUGACUUGUUAAAACAUGGUAUUCCAGACCCAUCUUCCCCAACCCUUUCCCAUUCACAAAAUCCUAAUUUGAGUUCUGAAAAGGAAAACAAAGAUAAAGUUCAGGAUGGCGGAGAAGAGUAUAUGGCCGCUCCCGUUUUUGUGCAUACAAAACUACGCGAUCAACAUCUUACUCCACAUAAUUUUGUGCAACUGAAGAAAGCUCUUGGACAAUAUUUCCGAUCAUCUUCAUUCAUAGGAGCUAAAUACAAAGAGCAUAACUUUGCUUCCGUCUCUCCCAAUAUCCUAAACGGUGAUCCACAUUCAGCAGAGCUGAAAAUAUUCGCAAUCCCAUUUAAGAAUAAGGAUGACUCCCCUAGGGCACAGUAUGACAGUCAUACUUGUCUGUUAUGGAAACUACGGGAUCAGGUUUUAUCCAUGAAUGGUCCAUCCUUUGCAAGAACAGUAUCUGAACGUGACUGGCUGAAGAACUCUGCUAAGAUAUGGGAACUAGUGAAGAACUCUCCAAUUAUUGCCGAGUAUAGCAGAACGCUUCAAACUUCGGGAAUGUUUAGGAGGUAGCUACAAGGUCAUGAUCUCUCUCUCCCAUAGCGGACACGUUCAUAUUUUGCAUUGUCUGGGAAGAUAUAUUCAGUUUUCAUGUCUUUUGCCUUGUUAUUCACUUAUUCGUACACUGCAGAUUAGGGUUCUUAGGGUUUUGUUAUUCACUUGUUCUAUUUAGUUGGGGUAAUGUUUUUCAUGACUUAAAAACUUCCAGCACUUGCUAAUGGAUUUAAACGCUGGACAGAUGCUCUUUUAAAUUUCUAUUUUUAUCAAUGUAGAUUUUUAACUGGAUCAAUUAUGCCUUUAUUAAUCUCAAAUAAAGUAACUCAGACACCCGUUUCAGACUAA